AUGCCGACGCGGCUGCUGGUGCUCCUUUCCUCCGCCGCGGUCUCCUGGGCCCAGCAGGAGUUCCCAAACUGCACGCUGCCGGGCGCCGGCGCGAGCAACGAAACAAACGCUUCCGAAGUGAAUGUGCUCUUUCUCUCUGCGCAGUCCACCUUGUUGUUUGAUAGCUACGACACCUGCAACGCAUCAGGCCACGUCUGGAACAACAGCAAGUGCUGGGAAACGCCUGACUAUAUGCUGUAUCCGGUCUUCGCCUACCUCGUUGCUCGCGACUUCAACGCACGGGACGGCAAAUGCGUGCCCGCGUUUGCAACGCUCGGCGAAUGCGACAAGCGGAUCAUUGUCACGCUGGCAGACUCGAGGGAUGUGGGCGCAAGCGUCGUUGACACCGUCCUCGACUCGCUGGCCUGGCAGCAGCUGGCGGUGCGAUACGGCGGCGACCAGCCUUCUCCUCUAGGGCCGACUUGGGAGGAUCUGGCAUUCCUGCUGGCCGGCGGUACGAUUACGUCACUCCACGGCGUGGUCGGCCCCGGUCGUUCGAGCCAGUCGACGGAGAUCGCGCCGCUGACGGGUGCCCUCGACAUCCUGCAGCUGUCCUACCAGUCGGCCUCGCCCGCGCUGGACAAUAAACGCGACUACCCUCGCUUUGGCCGAACCAUCACCUCGGACGCGGCGAUCGGGGCGGCGGUGGUGGAGCUGUGGGUGAAGCUCGGCCUGACGUACGGGGCAGUGGUGCACGUUAGCGGCGACAAGGGGGUCGGCUACGCCGAAGCCGUCCUCGUGGCCGCGGAGGAGCACAACCUGAAGAACACCACUAAAGCCCAGCUGAUUUCGCGCGCGGUGAGUAGCCUCAAGCAGUGGGAGCCGACCAACAACACGGGCUGCGCAAAGGGGGAGGGCCGCUACCCCGACAGGAUGGACUACGGCUGCUCCGUCAACAACAUUCUGUUUGUCGGCUUCGACCAGCAGGUGGAGGCCUUCUACGAGAAGGCUGUUGAGCAAGGCGUGCUUGUGGAGACCGUGCCUGCGCUCGUGCUUCUCAGCGACGGCGUCAGUACCAUCGACCUCGAGCGGCUGACAGGCAUAGCCCGCAGAGCCGCCAACGGCGCUGCCCGCAUCCUCGCCGUCGGCGGGCAGAACAGCAACCCUCUCUGGCGAAAUUUCACGAGCGGUUGGUCGGUCCGAGCGAAGUAUCGCGACGCCAUCAACGAGCUGCUGCCGUCGGAGUGGCAGCUGCCGGCCGAUUUCUUCAACGACGACGCGCUGAUGUCUUCGAGCGAGGCCCGCGACGCUGCCGCCUACGCCUACGCUACGACGCGAUCGCUGCGGCCCCUGCCGACCGACUUCGGAACCUUGGGGUGGCAGAACAUGACCAACGUGACGGACGGCCUGAGGUUCCACGGCACCACGGGCACUAUCGAGUUCAACCGGUUCGGUAGCCGCGACAAGAGUACCGCCAACUUUGAGGUGCAGAACGAGCUGCUGGUCGGCGGCAAGUUCGAGCGGGAGUCGCUGGCACGGUACGACUUCGCCGCUGACCGCUUCGACUGGUACGACGGGAAAGACUGGGUCGUGGUGCCGGAAUGGAGUGAGUGGUACGAUGCCAACGGCCACAACCUAGUCUACUCCUUCGGCCAGCCAGGCCCCGUGAAGAACCCGCAGCCGCUGGGGCCGCCCGAGCCCAACGAGGCGGACGCUACUUGGUGGAUCUGGGCGGCCGCUGGUGCCGCCGGCGCCAGCCUCAUCGUUCUGAUACCGCUUGGUUUGCGGCUCUACCGUCGGGUGCGCAGGCUCUUUGCGGAUGCCAAGCACACCCGACUGGUGCAGAGCCAGCUGGCUGAGGCCAACCAAGCGCUUAAAGACGCCGCCCUCGAGAUGCAGGGCGCCCAGUGCACCUUCGUCUUUCUCGAUGCCGAGGUGAUCCGAUCCGGUCGCUACGAGGCAGCCGGUUACGCCACCCUGCCGCGGCUGCAGGAGCUAGAGGCGAAGCAUCCGGAGUGGAUGCAGAAGCAGCUGCUGCAGCGCCACUUGGCCUAUGGCCGGCACGCCUACCGCGAAGAGAUCCUGGCCGUCAGCCAUCGUUGGGAGCAGCCCGACGCGCCCGACGCGAGUGGGGUCCAGCUCCAAGCCAUCCGUGAGCACCUUCAGGACUGCCCCUCGAUCAAGCUCGUUUGGUAUGAUUUCUGGUGCAUGCCGCAGGGUGGAGAACGCACCCCCACCGAGAAAGUCGACUUCAAGAGGAUGCUGCAGAACAUAAACAUCCUCUACCUCGGCUGCUCCGUCCUCAUCCUGCAGGAGCUGUCCUACCUCUCGCGCUUCUGGACCCAGUUCGAGGCGUGGUGUUCCAUGCAGGAGGCGUCCGUCGAGGGCCUCCGCCCUGCUCCUGCGGCGCGGCGCCGCUGUACCGUGAUGCCCAUCCUCCAGGCCACGGAGGUGAUGGCGAGCGAGCUCAUCCGAAUGUGGGCAGGCGCUCUUUGGUGGCCCGGCGGCUUUGGCCGAAGCGUGGACGAGGCGAUCGAGACGCUCGCGAGCCCGGACGUCACCGUGACCAAUCAGUCGGACAAGGAGCUGCAGCUGUACAAGCUGCGAGAGCUUGACUCGCUGGUGCGGGAGGCCGUGGCUGAGUGCGAGGUGCCACCUCGCCUCGAGCGCCAGCUGGGAAGGGGUUAA